CCUUCCCUCCCCCAGAAUAUCCACCCAACAAACCUCUACACGCUCCUCCCCCACCGCAUCAUGGUCUCACAAGCCCCCCCGCCCUCCACACCCAUCAAAGUCCUCAUGCUGCAUGGCUUCACACAAUCGGGACCGCUGUUCCACGCCAAAACCCGCGCUCUGGAAAAGAACCUCCAAAAGGCCUUUCCGGCCGGCAUCACACUGCACUACCCCACCGCGCCGAUACGGUUAGCUCCCACAGACGUCCCAUUCGCUGCAGCUUCGUCGGCGAAUGGCGGAUCGGCCGGCGACGCUGAAGAGACCGAUGCCUGGGCGUGGUGGAGACGAAAGGGCGAGAAGGAACCCUACACAUAUGAGGGAAUAGAGCGAGGUCUGGAGCACAUUGCAUCGAUACUGAAAUCCGAGGGGCCCUUCGAUGGCGUCGUGGGUUUCUCACAAGGCGGGGCAUGCGCGGCUAUGGUAGCUUCACUUCUCGAACCUGGGCGGAGACAAGGCUUCGAGGCCGUGUAUCCGAAAGGCGGCAUGAGGUAUCCGGAGUCUUUCGAAGCUGACACGGGAUAUGUCGAGGAGGCGAUACAUCCACCGCUCAAGUUCGCCGUCAGCUACUCUGGGUUUGCUGCCCGGGGCAUGGACUUGUAUAAAGGAUUCUAUGAGCCGAAAAUCAAGACGCCCAUGCUACACUUCCUGGGAUCAUUGGACGCUAUUGUGGAGGAGGCGAGAAGUCUGGCCUUGGCAAACGCAUGCGAAAGCAGCGACGGCCGGGUUGUCUAUCACCCGGGAGGUCACUUCCUACCAAGUAGUCAGAAAGCCUACGUCAGCGUCUUAAUAGGCUUCAUGAAGGAGGCACUGCACUCUUUCGAGGGAGACGGGAAAAAGGAGGAGAGUGUCGAGGAUAUGGAUGUCCCGUUCUGAUUUUUCUGAUCGUAGAAGCAUUACCUGGAAGUAUGGCGUUGAUCAUAGAUCGGAUACGGCACCUAGAUGGACGAGACAUCGUUAGACGUCUAUAUUACAUCGCGCAUAUGAUGCGACGAGCCCAAGCUAUAGAAGCCUUAUGUCUAGACUAUCCGAGGCUUUCCUUGUGUAUCAAUGCAUGCCUCCUC